AUGUUUGCUACACAAUCGCUUGUACUCAACCGCAAGACGGUGGGUAAAGUGACCGAAGACGACUUGAUCGUAACCCCUAGUGAUUACUGGGACGGAACGUUGAAGGCAAAUGUUGAGGACAUUUUACAAAUGAAAAAGAAGCGUAGCCAACGUAUUCGCUCUGAAGGCACAGCUGUUACCGUGUCGGUCAACGACAAGUCCUUGAAAGAUUUUGAGAAAUUCUAUAUUUCUACUGACAUCGAUUGGAAGCCAGUGGAGAAACAACUACGUAAAUAG